GUGCAGCUGCAGUCCUCUACGGUACUUCUUUCAUUGCUCCAACCUCCGGUCCCUCCGGUCAUCUUCGAGCAUCUACUGCCUCCACCUCCUCGGGAAACCCUAGCCGAGUGGAGGCAGCGCAUAGUCAAACAGCAUCCCUGGCGAUUGCUGGAACAGCAGUGGCCGCCUUGACUGCCGGUGGGCGGAAGGCUCUUGGAAACGUCAAACCAACGCGGGUCAACUUGACCGCCUUCGAGAACGAGUUGGGCGUUCAGGUGCCAGUGGCAGGAUGGGCUCAGAUCGCUGCGUACUUUGGCUUUGUCGAGUUCAGCGGUGGCUUCGAUGACUACAAGAGCGGCACUCCUGGCACGUUUUGCUGCGUUACAGUAUCAACCAUUGGACGGCUUCCAGCCGCACAGGCUCAAGGGGCGCUUACCAGCAAAAAGCGCUGCGUUCAGUUGCAGAUGAGGUUCCGCUGGAAAAGAUCAAGAGCGAAGCCGGAGUGGAAGCCAUUUUGGACAAGCUCCGGGAGCACUACCAGCCUCACUUUGGAGUCCACGAUGCCCCGAGCCUUUGAGAAGGCCAUCUACGGAGAAAGCCGACGUAGCAAGGAGAGCUUGCAGGACUAUAUCAUCCGCAUGGACAAAAGCUUCAAGGAGCUGAAGGACGAAGGCGUGGAUCUUCCUCCAGUAGUCAAAGGGUAUGUGAUGUUCAGACAGGCCACUCUUCAGGCCACUCAGGAAGAUCAGGUCACAACGUGGACUUCAGGGAACUUUGACAGGUCAGAGGUGGUGAAGGCGCUGAGAAAGCUAGAGAAGGUGCAGAAAGAGCGCAAUGGGCAGAAGCACUACAUCCUUGAGGAUGACGAGGCCUUGAAGUCCGACGAGGGCGCUUCUUGGGAGCUCUAUGAGGGCGACGAAGAGAUCGAGAACUUCGUCUACGUGGGCGAGGGCGAUUUGGAUCAGGUGUUCGAGGAGGAAGAUCUCCACGAAGCCUUAGCGACUUAUCAACAAGUUCGCAAGGCCUUGCGCGACCAGCGCACCUCGCGCGGAUGGAAUCCACCGUCGAAGGGCAGUGGAAAGAUCGGCUUUGGAAGUGGUGGCAAAGGAGGACUCCGCUUCAAUGGAAAGGGGUCACGAGUUCACAUAGAGUCUUUGAAGAUGCGCACGCGCUGCGCAAAGUGCGGCGCCGUGGGACACUGGGCGAGGGAGUGUACCAACCCUCCUGAUGAGUACGCCCGCAAUCGCGCCAGCUCCAGUGGUCCGGCAAAAGGGAGCGCGAGUUCUAUGGCUGGUAGGUGUCUUACCAUGUGGAGUCGCCUGGAGCAGAUCAACCAAGACAUGCAGGCCAGCACAGCCAGGCCCAUCGACGAGCUUGUCACGUUCAGAGCUCGGGUGUUUGGAAGAUGGAAGAAGCUUUUGGAGCCACUGAUGCGCAUGGUCAGAAGCUCCAUCGCGCACACCACCGCGCCCGUUCCAAGACACGAGGAGGAGGUCUUGCCAGACGGUGGCUUGUGCUGUGGCUAUGUGCCACCCUCAGCCAUGGCGGAGACUCCGCCACUUUGGCUGAGUUCUCGUGUGCAUACAAACAAGCAAGAGGAGUAUGCGGAGAUGAUCAAACAUGGAGUGCCUCAAGCACCCCGCAAGGCGGCAUCACCGCCGACGGUGUCAGCAGCGGCAUGUGUUCACCCGACCGAGCAGCUGUCGGGAUCUGGCAACCAGCAUCAACGAGAAGUGUGGUGCAAGUUAUGCCAUGCCAGAUGGAAGAUCGAGACAGUGAUGAACUCGGUGAUGCCAAAACGAGCUCCGAAGAAACCCGAUGCGGCGAUGGCCGCAGCAACGCCGAAGAGCCCUUUCCCUCAAAGUAUAAGGACGUCUCUGUCGAGUGCGACGCCUCUGAAGAGCUCUAUGUCUCCAAGUCCUUCCACUCCCCCAUCCAGUGCAACGGCAGCUUCGACGCAGGGCUCUAUGGCAGUUGUAUGCCACUGCACGAAGCCAGCAAGAAGGUUCACAGUGAAGAAACCAGGGCCCACGCAAGGAAGGCACUUCUUCCGAUGCAGCGCACAUCUGUGCGAGUUUUUCCAAUGGGAUGCUCUGGAAGUGGCCAUGUUGAAGGAAGUGGCGACAUGCGAACCGGAAGUGAGCCCGGAAGUGGACCGCCUGAAGGAGGAGAUGGCAGAAGCGGCCAGGAGGGCCGAAGCGAAGGAGGCAUUGAUGAUCGAGAAGGAAGCCAUGAUGCGAGAGGAGCUCAGGAUGAAGGAAGCAGCACUCAACGAAGCACAAGCAAGCAUGGGCCAGCAUGCCCAGAACCUGGUGGAGACCACCAUGACACACGCCAACGCCAAGCACGAGGAGAUCCUGGCAGCACACCUACAACAGCACAAAAUGCAGAUAGAGAGUCUGCAGAACCAGCUGGUCUGGAUGACGGCCAUAGCUGGCGAGGACAGAGUGACACAGGUGAUGAACAACCCACAACAACAUGCGGAGUCUCUCGAGAAGGCCAAAGAACUCCGACAAGCAAUGCUGCAGCAAGCCCAGGGACCGGAGGUAGGAAGACCUGAUGCCAACACCCUGAGGAGAUUACAACUGGAGGAGCAGUAUGAGCCUGUCGGCAACAGGCGAGUGCAUGGGGUGUGGUGGGCACAAAAGCAGAACAGCACAGAAUGGCAGUAUCACACUGGGAUUUUCCCAACGGAGAAUUCACUCAACUCGCAAGGAGGAAGAGUGAUUGCAUGCAUUUCCCCCGAAGCGGGGUUUGAGGAUGAAGAGGCGGAUCAAGUGUACGGCACACUAUGCCGAAGCUCAAGGAGAAGGCUAAGGAAAGCCAUGGAUCAGGUGGUGGUCAGUGAGCUAUACUCUGAGCCCAGAGUAGCAGCCGAGGCAGCCAGACAAGGGCUGACUCAAGGCACCAGCAUCGAUCUGAAAACGGGCUUCGAUUUGAGGAGCAUGAAGGAUAGGCAAAGGGCAUGGCGCGCCCUGAGGAAGGAGGACCCAGAUCUGAUCAUGAUCUGUCCACCAUGCGGCCCAUUCAGUCAGAUGCAGUCCAUCAAUUACAGCAGGAUGGACAUAGGACGGGCAAUUGCCCUUUUGGGUGAAGGAGUGGAGCACCUUACCUUCGCCAUGGAGGUGUAUGAAUGGCAGGUGAGGCGAGGCAAAAUUGCUCUCUUCGAACACCCAGAUGGAUCCCGAGCGUGGGAUGAACACUGCGUACAGAGGGUACUGCAGUUGCCAGGGGUAAUAAGGGUGCGUGGCGAUCAAUGCCAAUUUGGCUUACAAACAUCACCAGCAGAAGCACUGAACCUGAAGCCAACCGGUUUCAUGGUCAACUCAGCACACAUAGCAAAACAACUUGCAAGGAGAUGCACUAAAGACCACGAGCACCAACCCCUGGAAGGAGGAGGACGAACGAGGAAGGCAGAGGUAUAUCCUCCCAAGCUGUGCAGGGCAAUUAUCCAAGGAUUAAGACAGGAGGUGGCUCAAGAAGCGGCAAGGAGCUACGUGAUGGAAAUUGCCUUGGAGGAGACGGAGGCUUUCGCCAAUGAAGGCGAUGAGGAAGGAGAUGAGGAGGAAGACAUCGAGGACCAGUUGGACCAAGAAGUUGAGGCGUCUGGCCGGCUCCCAGGCAGGAUGGUUCCAAGUCCCGAUGCAGGAGACUCCGAUGAAGAGGAGGAGGAAGAAGCACCCGAAAGACGGCAAAGGGUGCCACGGGGAGUUUCAGACUCCGACAAGCGCAAGAUCAAGAAGCUCCAUGAGAAUCUUGGGCAUCCUUCACGGGAAGAUUUCAUCAGGGCCCUUAAGAUGGCAAGGGCAAGAGAGGAGGUGUGGCGAUAUGUGAAGGAGGAAUUCACUUGCGAUCUGUGCGAAAGGCACCAAAAGCCCAAGCUCAACCGUCCAGCCACCAUUCCAAGGAGUUAUGCCCCAGGACGUACUGUGGGAGUUGACGUGGUGUACUUCCCAGGAGUCCGACCAAAUGAGACUAUCCCAGUGCUCAACAUGACAGACUGGGGCUCAUGCUACCAAGUUCUAGAGCCACUAGACAGCACAAGAGCAGAGCAUGUGUGGGGCAAAUUCAUGAAGUCAUGGGGAAGAACCUUUGGAAUCCCCGAGAUGGUAGUGGUGGACCAAGGGCGAGAGUUCCUGGGAGACUUCAGUCGCAGGAUCAACCAAGCAGGAGCCGUCCUCAAGACCAUAGGAGCAAGAGCGCCACACCAGCAAGGAAGAACAGAAAGGCAUGGAGGGCUGGCUAAGGCGAUGUUCCUGAGGGUCAGGGAACAGGUGACGCCUGAUUCCCGAGAGGAGUGGGAAGCAGUGGUGCACUCCGUAGAGGCGGCCAAGAACAGGCUGUACAACAGAAGCGGCUUUUCACCAGCACAGCGCCAGCUAGGCCAAAACAUACGCAUCCCAGGGUCUUUGGGAAGCGACGACCCUUUUGACAGCACUCUCAUCAGGAAUGGAGCGGGAAGUGAGGUCAUGAAGCUCAUCCAGAUGAGAGAAGCCGCCAUGGAAGCAUUCAUACGGCAGACCACCACAGACGCCAUCAAGCGAGCUGAAAAGGCGAAGACGAGGAUUCGGCGGGACUUCCGCCCAGGGGAGGUGGUAUUCGUCUAUCGCAAGCCGCUCCAAAGAAGAAGCAUCAGAGCUCCGAGUGACACCAAGAGGGCACAAUGGGUUGGCCCUGGGACGGUGGUGGUAUGUGAGGGUCCCAAUGUUUGGGUGUCAAUGCGAGGCGAAAUAUGGAAGUGUGCCAAGGAGCAGGUCAGGCCAGCCAGCAUGGAGGAGGAAGAAGCCUAUGGAAUGCUCAAGGAGGAAUUUGAGGAGUUGCAAGAGGAGAUAAAGAGGAAGAGUAGCAAAAGAGGCUUCAAGGAUAUCUCCAGGUUGCCUGGACCUCCCGAUGAUAUAGGAGAAGACGAUGAGGAAGAUGAUGAUGAUGGACCUCCGGCACACAGGCCUCGAAGAGGGGAAGACCCUGAAGGUGAACCCCCAGGAAGAGACUCGGAGCCAAAUGAAGAGGCAGGCGAAGCCCAAAGGGGGCAAAGUCGAGCCAAUGGCGAGCAAGGCCAAAGCAGCAGCAGCACAAGCAACACAAGCCAAGAAGACAGCAGCAGCAGCAGCACCAGCCAAGAGGAGCCAGAAGGCGAGAGGAUUGAGGAGAGGCACUUGGAUAACGCAGUCAGGUCAGUUAUCCGAAAUGAACUUCUAGACGGCACCACCAGGAAGGAAGAAGCAUCGGCAUCCUAUGGACCGAGAAGGGCACAGCUAGAAAGGAUGCGAUUCAAACCCUACAGUGGGUUUGUCGUGGUGCAGGAAGGAAGCAUGGAGGAUUAUGAAGAAGAAGAAGCACCUCAAGAAGAUUGCUGGAUCUUCGACGAAGAUCGACAGAGCCUGAUCAGGAUACAUGCACAGUCUAGGAAAGGAAAGUUCGUGCCAAGGAGGGGCAAAGGAUGUCCCAUAGACCUGAAGCAUCUGCAAUCAAAGUGCAAGGUGUGGCAACAGUUUGAGGAUGGAAGACAGAAAGUCUCAGAGAAAGACUGGAGAAAAGAAGACCAUGAAUGUACUGGCCCACGAAGAUUCUGGACAGGCUUCACCGAAUUUCAGUUGAAGCCAGGCGUGUCAGAGAGCAGGAUCGACUGGUCUCUCAUAGCAAGCAAGAGCUCUGAUGAGGUCAAGGAUGAGGAGAUUCGUCCAGAAGAAUGGCCGGAGUGGAGGAAGGCAGAUGCAGCAGAAUGGAACAAGGUAGCAAGCACACAAGCAGUGAGGACUCUGACAGUUGAAGAGUCCGAGAAGGUGAUGAAGGAGCUGAAGCUACAAGGCAAACAAGAUCGGGUGUUACCAUCCCGAAUUGUCAGAAGAUGGAAGCCAGCCGAACAACCAGGCGAAGCCCCGAAGCGCAAAUCCAGAUGGUGCAUCCGGGGCGAUAAGGAUCCAGAUUUGAUGUUUCUGGAUCGAUACGCCCCAACAGCAACAACUGCAGUCAUCUCCAUUGCACUUCAAGUAGGAGCCUCCCUAGGUUUUCGCUGUGCGCUUGGCGAUCUUCAGAACGCCUUCAUGCAAUCAGAUCUUCUUCACCGAGAAAGAGGAAAGCUCUACUGCCGCCAACCACCUGGCGGGUUGCCUGGACUAGAUCCCAGGCAAAUUGUGGAGAUCCUUGCUGGGGCUGGGGCAUACGGCCUUGGAGACGCUCCAGCCCAUUGGAGGAGGUCUUUGAAAAGAAAUUUGAUGGAGCUGGGCUAUGUGCAGUCAGCUAUGGACCCGUGUCUUUUUAAGCUGGUGGUGAAUGGAAAACUGGAAGGAAUCAUCAUUGUAGAAGUUGAUGAUCUUUUGUCAUUGGGAGGGAAGAUCCACUACAACAGAAUGCAAGAGCUUCAGGGAAGGCUCAAGUUUGGGAAGUUCAAAUUUUUAGAUGAGGAGCCAGACGGAGCCAGCUUCAAUGGGCGCCGUCUGAGAGCAACUUCCGAAGGUGGAUUUCUCAUUGACAUGGAAAAGUUUGCCAGCGAGCGUUUGGAGGAGGUGAAGCUGGACAAAGGUCGCGCUCAAGCCAAACAAGAACCAGCGUCAGAAGAAGAACGGGCCCAAGCCCGUGCGGUCUUGGGAGCACUGACGUGGGCGGCAAAGGAGGGACGCCCAGACUGCGCGGCACCAGCCAGUAUACUGGCCAGCACGCUGAACAAGAUGACCAUCCAGGACAUCAUCGAUUUGAACAAGACAGUUCGAGAUGUGAAACUGUCGCACAAGCUAUGCAUUCCCAUUCAGCCCAUCAACAUUCAAGAGCUGCAGUGGGGCGUCAUCACCGAUGCCAGCUACGCCAACACCGAAGAUGGAGCCUCUCAAGGAGCUUAUGGAGUCAUAUGCUAUGACAACGAGCUCUGGGAAAAAGGGUGUGGAAGAGCCAACCUCAUACAUUGGAAGAGCAGUAAAAUCCAGAGGAUCGUCAACUCCACCCUUGCUGCAGAGGCGCAAAGUUUAUCAAAAGGGUUGAGCGAGCUUGCAUGGACGGUCACGGUUUUCAAUGAGAUGGUAGAUCCAACUUUUGAGCUGAAGAAUUGGGAGAAUGAGAUCAAGAAGCGAAGACUGCACGUUUUGACCAAGUCUAAUGCCGAAGAGCGUUUGAAGAAAGGCCUAUGCGUAGUCGACGCCAAGUCAUUGUUCGACCAUUUGGUGAAGGAGACCAUUGGAACCACGACUGAUCGACGCACUGCGAUUGAGAUGCAAGUGAUCCGCCAAAGCCUCUUAGAGACCGGUACCCAAGUGAAGUGGGUUCCGCAUCCAAGAAUGACCAUGGAUUGCUUGACGAAACGUCAUGGCAACAGUAUCAACCAUUGGACGGCUUCCAGCCGCACAGGCUCAGGGGGCGCUUACCAGCAAAAAGCGCUGCGUUCAGUUGCAGUCUAUGUGGCUAAGAUCCGGCCCUUUCCAGCUGAUCUGACAUUGGUCGAUGCCGCGGUGGCAUACUUGUGGCCAAAGCAGCCACCAAAAGCCGAAGCUCCUGAGCGGAUCUCAGGCAUGCUCCUAAGGCAACACCCCAUGGCGUGCGCAACCAUGUUCCCAGCUCUGGGUGAUGACAUGAAAUACAGAACUGUGAGCCCCAUUUCAAGCCCAAGACAAGCGACUUGGAUCGACCAUUGCAAAAGCAGCAAUGCUGCCGUCGUGUUUGACAGCUACUGA